AUGGAGGGCAAAGCAAACGCGAGUAAAGUAAUUUUCGUUGGAGAUUAACUCACCUGCAUCGAAAGGUUUUUCUGCUUUCAUUCACAAUAAUAAUAUUCGCCAAUUUCACUAUUAACAUGUACAUAGUUUGAGGUUGCAGUCGAUAUUUAGCUUUAGAAGCUGUAUAGAAAUAUAUAUAUACAGGCGAGUAGUAUCUUCAUCUAUUGAAAUUUUAUGGGCCUGUUCCUUAAAAUUUACUUUUAGCGUGAUGAUAAUUUUAUGCCACGUUCUUCUUUGCAGAGCUCGAUAAAUCAGCAUGGCACCACGGGGCCGAAAACCCCUGUGGGGGUAUCGAGGAACAAAUCGGAACGAGAGAGGAAGAUCGGUCACAGGAGAGUUGGAGUGGGAGGUGAAAUCACGUACAAAAAGAUCCAAACGACACAAAUCAUGGGAUCCAUCCAGCUUGGUAUCCAACACGCGGUCGGUGGUUUGGCUAGUAAACCAGAGCGUGAUUUACUGAUGCAAGACUUCAUGACGGUAGAAACGACGAACUUCCCGAGCGAGGGAUCCAACCACACUCCUGCUCAUCAUUUCUCCGAGUUUAAGUUCAAAAACUACGCACCCAUUGCAUUUCGUUACUUUCGCGAUCUCUUUGGCAUUCAACCGGAUGACUUUCUGAUGUCGAUGUGUAGCGCUCCGUUGCGCGAAUUGUCGAACCCGGGCGCUAGUGGAAGUAUCUUUUAUCUAACAGAUGAUGACGAGUUCAUCAUAAAGACUGUACAACACAAAGAAGGAGAAUUUUUACAGACGCUUCUUCCAGGAUAUUAUAUGAACCUAAAUCAAAAUCCGAGGACGUUAUUGCCAAAGUUCUUCGGAUUGUAUUGCUAUCGGUGUAAUAGUAAGAAUGUUAGAUUAGUCGCUAUGAAUAAUCUUCUACCGUCAUCGGUGAAACUGCAUCAGAAGUACGACUUGAAAGGAUCGACGUACAAGAGAAAGGCAUCAAAAUCGGAAAGGUCCAAGUCUUCUCCAACGUACAAAGACUUGGAUUUCAUGGAACACCAUCCGGAAGGGAUCUUUCUGGAGGCGGACACAUAUAGCGCUCUGGUUAAAACUAUCCAAAGAGAUUGCCGGGUAUUGGAAAGUUUUAAAAUCAUGGAUUAUUCUCUCCUCGUUGGUAUUCACAACCUUGACCAGGCUGCAAGAGAAAAAGCGGAGCAGAGAUUAUCAGCGAGUGCGGAGGAAGAAAUCGGCGAAGUCGGAGGUGAGAGUGCAGCAUUUACUCAAGCAGAAAGAGAACGGGAACGGGAGGAUAGAAUAGGUGCCAGCGCUCUGAACCGAUCGCGAAGCAUAAACCGACAAAGGUUGGUUGCGCACAGUACCGCUAUGGAGAGUAUUCAGGCUGAAAGCGAGCCGAUAGACGAGGAGGACGAUGUACCGUGAGUAUUAUGGUUUCAUUUCUUCGCACGACGAUUGUAUACACAAACAUACGAUCUAGUAACGUGAUUUUAAUUAUGUUCGUGUUCCUAGCAGUCCAGGUGGAAUCCCUGCUCGUAAUGCUCGCGGCGAACGCCUGUUACUCUUCGUUGGUAUUAUUGAUAUUUUGCAAAGUUACAGGCUCAAGAAAAAAUUGGAACAUACCUGGAAAUCGAUGAUACAUGACGGUGUAAGUUACAUGAACCUUUUUCUCUUCUUCUUCCUAUGAUGAUUAUUUACAUCUUUUAUAUCUUUUAUGGUUUAUUCACAAACGUAUGAACUUGUAUAUCAUCGGUCAUGUUUGUGCAUGUGUAUUGUAUAUGUGUUUUAAAGAACGUGAAUUGUAUUUGUAUUGCAGGAUACUGUAUCAGUACAUCGGCCAGGUUUUUACGCGCAACGUUUUCAAGAUUUCAUGGCGAAGACAGUAUUCAAAAAGAUACCGUCACGUAAGUACCAUCCUAAUCAGCCUCUUCUAACAAAUUUGACCUCAAUGUUAACACUGAACAAGGCUCAUUCUUAAUUUGUAAGCAAUUUUUUAAUGAGUUACUUACUGUUAUAUUUUUGGGUUCAUUAAUAUCGACUGACGUUUCUCGUAUUAUCUCGUCAAAUCGAUUUAACUAUAUCUCGUGUAAAGCAUAAAGUACAAGAAAAGUUUUAGGCUUUAAGUAGAGUAGACAUUAUAACCAGUAUUUUUAUCGUCAGCUGACCGUGAUUAAUUGAAUUUUUCUGUUUAUAGUAGUAGCAUCAAUUACUGUGAUUCAACUAUAUUAUAAAUAA